GACUCUUUUCCUCCUCACAGACUGGUGUCAGACGCGAGGAGAGGCGUAGAGACGCAGGAAGGCUUCACCUUUUCCUCACCGAUGCUGCAACUUUCAGUUUGGGGCAAACUUUGUGCAGCUUGAAGAAGUUUAACCAGUUUUGGCGACGCGUUGUCCGGCGUUCAUACGACGAUCGAGCACGGUUUGGAUUGAACUGAGCGCGGAGGAGAAUCAGGUGUUCACCGUGUGUCGCGUUUUCUUUUUACUCGCCAAGCUACAGAAGUAACUGAGUUUGAAGGACGACUGCUCCUUUUUCACGUCUGGUGUCUCUUCUUUUUUUUCUAGCUUGGUUUUAAACUUACUUCCUCACUUCAUUGGACUUUAUUGGCCAAGUUUGAACAGUUGAACGUCUUCCUAAUGCGCCGAGUGGUGAGUGAUUAAACCGCAUUGAGAACGGAUGACCUGCAGCCAGCAGCAUUAAAGAAGAUCUACCCUGACAGCGUGCAUCAGAGAACAGAGGAGGCAGAGCAGGUGCCGGGAUGGAUGAGGCGGAGAAGUACAAACAGCGACUAGAGGCCAUUGCUGAGAAGCGUCGCCUGCAGGAAGAGCAGGACAAAGCCAGAAGAGAGAUGGAGGAUGAGAAGCUCCGAGUACAGCAGCUCAAGAGGAAGUCUUUGAGAGACCAGUGGUUGAUGGAAGGAGCUCCCUUGUCCCCGACAUCCCUGGACGCCCACAGCCCCCGCUUACCUCUGUGGGGCAACCAGGCCCUGGAAAUGGAAAAGCACAUUGACAAGUUGCAGUCAGAGAGUCAGCGGUUGGCAGAGGAGCGAGAGAAGCUGGAGGAACAGACAGCAGAUGGCCAAACGGAGGCCAUAAAAGUGGCAGAUGCUGCAGCAGACAUGGUGCGAGAUGUUGUGCAGAACGGAGAAAACAAGACAAGAUCAGAAACACGUGAAGGUGAAGUAAAAGUAAACCAAAACCCACUCCUGGAUAAAACUGCAGUCAUCUUAACCAAUGGUGUGGAAGCUUUAAAAGCCAACGCUGAUCAUACCGCUUCAGAACAGAAUAAUCAGUCAACCACAAAUGGACCAACUCAAGACACUGAGGCUGUUGUUAGCAGGAAUUUGUCACCAGAGUUGUGUGUUUCUGAGGCAGAGCCUGGUCAGCUUCCAAAUGUCAAUGUUGAUGAUGAGGAGGAGGAAGAAGGGACUCUGGUGAUGAGGGCAGAAUGUGUUAUCAUCACAGAUGAAGGUGAUGAUGUACCUGAGGAGCUUCCAUCCCAGGAAAUUCAGCAGGAGUCCACGCAGGCAGACAAAACCCCUCCGACAAAUCCAGAAGCAGGUGAAGAGGGAGAAGAGACUGUGGACGAGGUAGUAAAAUCAGAAACCGCUCCAGAAACUUUCUCAGAAUCAGAGAAGAGUGAGGCAACUGAACUCACUACAGAAGCUCAGCCAGCAACCAGAGAUGGAGACAGGGAGGCUUGUAUACAAGUAAGCGAAAAUGGAGCUGAAGAGACAAAAGCUGAAGGCUUGGCCCAAGAAUUGGAAGAUCCAGCCUCUGUGCAGGUGCAGUCUCCAGCCGAUGCUCUAGAGGGCACUACAGUGGCUCCUGUGCCUGUUUAUUCUGAAGCUCAACCCUCCAUUGUCAGUCCUGAGCUGGAGGCUGAAGGCAAAGCUUCAACAGCACCAGAGGGAGCCGAGGUAGCAUUAAAAGCCCACGACCCUGCCUGUCUACCUGGUCAGUUCCAGGAGAUUCCCCUGGCUGAUUCCCAGGAGAACCAAAGGAGAGAGGCAGGGCCAGGGGAGCAGGAACCCCUUCUGUUGAAUGCCAAAGACCCCAACAACAAGACAGAGCCAGCAGGAGCUAACAGCCCGGCCAGCACAGAGAGACAGAACCCAACCAGAGCCAGCCAGGGAGAGGAGACUGAGGCACCCAAACACAAAAGCUGCCAGUGCUGCUCUGUCAUGUAAAUGCCCUUUCUGUACGUUCAUCUCCUCUCAGCCUCUUCAGUCUGUCUCUCUGCUGUCCCCUCGUCACUUUGUUUUAUACAUCAAUGCAUUUUUAAAUCAGUAUGUUUCCCUUUUCCUCCACUAACCUCUGCCAUUCCUUGUAUUCAUCUCGAAAUUUCCUUAUCCUCAGUCUCGAGCUUUGACACUGCAACAGGAAGCAAGCUCUAUCCAACAUGAAGAGAGGAGUCUCAUGGACUGACCUUAGUUUUCAAGUGUCUUAAGAAGCUCACUGGCUUAAAUUCUCCUCACAUGCAAUGGACCAAAAUAUGUUGUUGUUUUUUUUUUUUUUACACUGUUUGAGUUUGAUAACCUUUUUCUUGGUUAGCAGAUGAGCCAGCUAUUCGACAUAAAACUUACAUUUUUGAUGCAGCUAAGCAAAAUGCAGAUUUAAUAUGUAUUAUUUGAAUUUGUUGUAUCUACAUAUGUAAUUCAUAAAAUUGUCAAAUAUCUAAAUAUGAAACAUAACUGGAAAAGUGCAAAGAUCUUGAGAGGUCUGGGGAGCAUAUUAAUCUAAUUUAAUAACUUUAAAAUGGAAUAAUUGUAUUGAUUUUGGAUCUUUGUUAAAUUUAUUAAUUAAUCUAAAGAAAGUAUAGGGUCGGAACAUUUUUAUUUUACUCUAUAAUACAGGUUAUGAGAACACAAAAUAACACUAUGAAAUGAAAUGGCCUAAUUUAUAAACAGUGUGCACCAUUGAAUACUUUGUGGGCCUUUGUCAAUUUUAAGAGAAAUUAUUUUAAAGUACCUGAAUUUUGUAUUUUUACUACAUGUGUUUUGGAAGAGAGGGAUCAGGGCUACUGACAUAGCUCUGUUUGUGGAUGUAUAUACUGUAUACAGAGAGCAUGUUGAAUUUUUGAGUUUUUGAAAUGAUUGGUGAUUAAACUGACAUUACUUGGCAUA